AUGUCCAACAGCGUCUCGUCCGGCUUCCAUUUGGCUGAUGGCAAUGGCUACAUGCUCGACAAGGGCUACGCCGCCGCCUGCCGUCUCAACCUCCAGUUCUACCUCUGGAAGGACUCGUUGAACUUCAACAUUCACCCAUCCAUCCCCCUCCCUCCUCCCACCCCCUCCUCGACCUCGUCACCGCUGAGAAUCGCCGACCUCGCCUGUGGCACAGGGUUGUGGCUCACCGACCUGGCCCGCUCUCUCCCACCGCAGACCACCCUCGACGGCUUCGACCUCUUCGUCUCCAAGUUCCCCCCCUCCCAAUGGCUCCCGAAUAACGUCACCCUGUCCGCACUGGACAUCCUCGGCCCCGUCCCGGAGCACCUCGUCGGCAAGUACGACGUCAUCCACCUGCGGCUCCUCAUCCUCGUCGUCGAGAACAGCGAUCCCACCUCCAUCAUCCAGAACGUGCACCGCAUGCUCAAGCCAGGCGGAUACAUCCAGUGGGACGACCUCAACUACCCGGACACACACAUCGUCAGGGCCAACCCCGCCCUGGCCACGCCGGCCUUUGACCGGCUGCGGGAGUUCGUGUACUCGGGCGGCCGCCACGACUGGGUGCUCCAGUUGCCGUCGAUCCUGGAGCAAAAUGGAUUCGAGGAUGCGCAGCUCGAGCAUUUCCAAGAUCACAGGGAGUUGACGCUGGCGAAUGGUGAGCAGCAUCUGAUGACUAUGGACGAGUUUACGGGGUCGCUUUACAAGAAGGAGAUGGUGGAGGAGGCGAGGGGCGUUGAGCAGAUGGUGUUGGAUUGUUGUCGCGAGGCAGCGCAGGGAGUCGCGCUGUCGAUGCCGAGGGUGGUAGCUGUGGCCCGGAAGAAGUCUGAGGCUAGGCUCUGA